GUCCUGCUGCUGCUGCUGGGCGCCUCGGCCUCGGCGGGGGCGGCUCCGCCGUGCCCCUCCUCGCCGCCCAGCGUGGACUCGGUGCAGGGGCUGGCCCGGCGCGCCUCCGUGGUGAUCGAGGGCAAGGUGCUAGCUCACAGCGUGGUGGAGCCAGGAGGAGGCGGAGGCGGCGGCGGAGGAGGAGGGGAAGAAGCGACGUCGCUGUUGCUGCUGCUGCCGUCGCCGCCGCCGCUCCUCACCCUGCCGGAGCAGCAGCAGCAGCCGACCGCCGCCUCUGCUUCCAGCACCACCUUCUCAGGGACAGUCCCCUCGCCAGCUCCCCGCGCGCUGGUGGCCAGCCCCAGCCCGCCGCCCGUCUCCUGGGUGACUCGGGUGCGCGUGCACCAGGUGUGGCCGGCCAAAAGCGGCGGGCUGCGCAAGGACGGGCUGCUGUGGGUGCUGCUGGCCGAGCGCGGCUCCGCCUGCGGGAGCAGCCUCAAGGAAGAGAGCCGCUACAUCUUCUUCAUGGAGCCCGUCGCCGCCUCCAGCCUCAACGCCACUGGGGCGCCUUCGCUGCUGCUGCCGCUGCCGUCGCCUUCGCCGCUCUUCCGGGCGUCUUCCCCGCCCCUGGAGACGGGCAGGAGUCUCAAGAAGGAGGUCAGCAGGGCGCUGUGUACCCGGGGAUGUGGAAGGGCCACUUCCGAAGGGCCAAGUCAGGAUAGCCUGGUAUCGGCAGAGACUAAUGGCAACAGCAGCUACAACACUGUGCCUCCUAAAUUGAAGGAGAUGAAAAGCCAGGAAUCAGUUGUGGGUCAAACAUUAAUUCUCAGAUGUGAAGCCAUUUCUGAGCACACCUCUCUCAAAUUCAAAUGGUUAAAAAAUGAAAAGGAAAUAACAAAAAAAAAUAGACCGGAGAACAUCAAGAUCAAGAGCCCCAAAAAACAAAAGACAUUCUCAGAACUUCGCAUUUCUAGGGCUUCACUGGCUGAUGCUGGAGAAUAUACAUGCAAAGCAAGCAACAGGCUUGGGAAUGACAGCACGAGAGCUCGGGUAACAAUUACAGACACCAAUGAACCCACCAACAUGAUACCAGUUUUGACAAAAGCAUCAAACACAUCCUCACAACUUAUAGACAAGAUUCCAGCAUCGACUGAAGGAACAAAUACAUCUUCUUCCACAUCUACAUCUACCACUGGGACAAGUCAUCUCACAAAGUGUGGUGUGAAUAAGAAAGACUUCUGUGUAAAUGGAGGCGAGUGCUUCAUGGUCAAAGAUCUCCCAAAUCCACGAUAUUUGUGCAGGUGCCCAAAUGAAUUUACUGGUGAUCGCUGUCAAAACUACGUAAUGGCAAGCUUCUACAAGCAUCUUGGGAUUGAAUUUAUGGAAGCUGAGGAACUCUACCAGAAAAGGGUGUUGACCAUAACUGGCAUCUGCAUUGCUCUCCUAGUAGUUGGAAUCAUGUGUGUUGUGGCCUACUGCAAAACCAAGAAACAGCGGAAAAAGUUGCACGACCGCCUCCGGCAAGGCCUUCGAUCUGAGCGCAACCAUAGAGUCAAUAUGGCCAAUGGGCCUCACCACCCUCACCCGCCACCAGAAAAUGUCCAGCUGGUGAAUCAAUAUGUAUCAAAAAAUGUAAUAUCCAGUGAGCAUGCUGUGGAGAGAGAAACAGAGACAUCAUUUUCUACAAGCCACUAUACCUCAACGACUCACCAUUCCACAACGGUCACCCAGACACCUAGUCACAGUUGGAGCAACGGUCGGACCGAAAGCAUAAUCUCCGAAAGCCAUUCUGUGCUUGUGAGCUCCUCGGUUGAGAACAGCCGCCAUGCAAGUCCGUCAGGCCCCCGAGGGCGUCUCAAUGGCAUUGGAGGGCCACGGGAAUGUAAUAGUUUUCUCAGGCAUGCACGAGAGACACCCGACUCCUACCGCGAUUCACCACACAGUGAGAGGUACGUAUCUGCUAUGACAACACCAGCUCGCAUGUCACCCGUAGAUUUCCAUACUCCAAGUUCUCCAAAGUCGCCUGCCUCAGAAAUGUCUCCGCAAGUCUCCAGUUUAACAAUGUCUGUCCCUUCUGUGGCAGUCAGCCCGUUUAUAGAAGAGGAGAGGCCUCUCCUUCUGGUGACCCCACCCCGGUUACGGGAAAAAUACGAGCACCACAUGCAACAGUUCAACUCCUCUUACCACCACAACCCCGCGCAUGAAAGCGGCAGCCUGCCACCAAGUCCGCUGAGGAUAGUGGAGGACGAGGAAUACGAAACCACACAAGAGUAUGAACCGGCGCAAGAGCCCCCCAAAAAACUAGUCAACAGUCGGAGGGCCAAAAGAACAAAGCCCAAUGGCCAUAUUUCCAAUAGGUUGGAAAUGAACACCGACACAAGCUGUGAGAACAGUAGCUCAGAGAGUGAAACAGAAGAUGAGAGGAUAGGGGAAGAUACACCUUUUCUGAGCAUACAAAACCCCAUAACAGUCGACCUGGAAUCAGCUACUGCAUAUCGACUGGCUGACACCAGGACUACCCAAAACAGUCGGUUCUCAACACAGGAAGAAUUGCAAGCAAGAUUGUCCAGUGUAAUAGCUAACCAAGAUCCCAUCGCUGUAUAAAAGAGAGAGAGCGAGAGAGAGAAACACUUAAAAAAAAAAAACCAACCCACAUAGAUUCACAUGUAAAACUUUAUUUUAUAUAUUGAAGUACUCCACCUUUAAAUUAAAAACAAUUUAUUUUAUUUUAGCAGUUCCGCUAUUAGGAUUUAAAAAGACAAAACAGGAAAAAAACUUUUAUAAAUUAAAUAUAUAAUGUAUAUACAAAAAGUGUUAUGUGCCAUAUGUAGCAAUUUUUUUACAGUAUUUCAAAAAUGAGAACGAUAUCAAUGGUGCCUUUAUGUUAUGUUAUGUUGAGAGCAAGUUUUGUAAAAGUUACAAGUGAUUGCUGUUCCACAGUAUUUCGCAGAAGUCUCUAACAUUCUGGGUUAUAUCUUCCCCACAACCUCUGCCCACAACCCAGCCCCCUUAUUUUCUUUGUGCAUUGCAUUAGUGGCGACUGGCUGUACAACUUGCAAGAACUGCAACAGUCCCUGUGUUUGCUUGCUGUAGCCCCUGAUCAAAAACGUUCUGUACUGGCAUAGCUACCUAAAGAACAAAGCAUACACCUUUCUUUUAUAAGAGGUGGUUAUUUCCUUACCUUAUAUGAGUUGGGUUUUGUCUGCUCUCUCACAGGACCACGGUUUGCUUUGGGAGCCUUGAAGGAAAUGGUAGAUCCAACCGUUAUGCCAUUGUUUACGACAGGUCAAUACCAAAAGACGCAAAGCUAUAUUAAAUAUUUAACAGAAAUACUGUGGGCUUUAAGUUUAAUAAUCAACCAAGAAUCUCCCUGAACCUCUAUAAUUUUUUGUAAUCGUGUUUCUUUGAAACACAAGUUCAGGCUUGCUUGGUCACAAAAAGUAAAUGCGCCAUAAUCCAGCAGGGAAGUCCUCCUAUGCAAUCAACUUUGAAAUAAAUGGGAUCUAUAUCACAGCCCUUUUGACCAACUCCUAUUUAUUUCAGUGUGGUUUAUACAGUACAGGAGAACACCCUGCUGCAUUGUGCCCAAGGUAAGUUGGUUGCAGUUCCUGGGUAAAAUAUUAGAGCAGCUUUUGUAACCAAACAAAAAAAAGAGAGGGACUCAUAGUGCGGGGAAUUAAAAUGCCAAUGAUAAAACCACAGUCAUUUUGAACCUGUAUCUGUACCCCUACCAUGGAGUGAAAUCUGGUGCGCUUCAAAUGGGUAACAUUUUUUUAUGUUCAAACUGGAAAACAAAUGUCUCUUCUACUGGGGGGAUCUCUUCCUUUGCAAUCAUUGGGACUUAAACAUGCUUAACUUUGGUUAGAUUUGGAUCGAGCCCCAAACUGCCAGCUUACAUACAAGAUGAAACCCAAAUAAGCUAGAAUGAGCAGUCUGGUGGGGAAAGGCUAAACAUUUAGUAAAAUAGAAGGAAAGUGUUGAUCUGUAUUGGUUUUCAUCUAAGUAUCUGUAAGGCAAAAAUGGUACAUUUGUCAAGCAUGCAUUUUGUUAGAUACAUUAUGCCACUAAUCAAUCAAAUGACUUUUUUGCCCCUGUCACCUAGAAGGUGAGCUACGCAAGACCCUAUUUUUAGAGAAAAGGGGAGUGCAAAAGGGGAUCAUCUCCCCACAUCACUUUUCACCUAGCCAAACAUAUUCCUCAGAGCUCAACUGAGGGUAAAAGAGCUGGGGAUAGGGCAGGCUGUAUGGGGAUAUGCUGCAGGUAGGCCUCCCCUCCAUUUUAUCCUUAAAAUGUGGGCCUCUUACCCUGAUUUUAUGUGUGAGUGAGGCAGUCUCUGGUUUAAACAAAUAGGUAUCCCAUCUAGUUUGGUCCUUAGGCACCAGGAAUAGAGUUAUUUCAACUUCUCACUUUACAAGCCAACAGCCCCUUGUUGGACCUGAGUUUGGGUCAGAAUGAUAGUCCUAGCCUUUAUACAUCUCAGUUUGUGCAGCACAGACUGGUGACCGAAGGUGGUAUUUUCAUUCAUUUUUGUGAAUGAAAAAUAAGGUUGGUUGGGCUGACGUUGACUCUCAGGAGAGGGUUAGGAAAAACAAAUCUGUUCACAGUUCAUAACUAGUCCUUUGAGUUCAGUUAACACUGAUGUAUGAGGCUGAGAUCUUUGCAACUCCCAGAGAGCCUAAUCUGGAUAAUGUAACUUGAGUGCACCGUAGUCUAAGGCUGCAGUCCUAAUCCUAUGUACCAGGAGAAACUUAAUCAGUAGGAUUUACUUCUGCAUAAAGCUAUUUAGAAUCAUGUUGUAACUGUUGAUUAAGUUAUAUCACAGGAAAAAAACCAUUGAAACAACUUUCCUGCAAUGUAAUUUACAUGAACACAAGCUUGAAGUUUCCAUUUCAUCAUACUGACUUCAAGCGCAUGUUUAAGUGCUUUGCUGAGUAUUGGCUGCCGGUUCAGAACCUAACAAGGGAAUGUUUUGUAGCAUUAGCUUCCUGGAACCCCGGGAUUCAGCAGUAUUGUCUUCCUUUACUGGUGAAAUCUUGUUUUCUCAAGGCAAGAGAAAGCAUUGCUCUGUUACCCAGAAACCCUACACAGUCUCCUAAGCCAGCUCAAAACAUUACAUGGCUAUAAGACUUAUACUCUUGUGACUUAUUUGACCAAUGCAGUGUAACAGUAAGAGGCAGAAGGAAGGAGAUUCUUUACCAAUCCCCAACAUUAAACCUAAACCCUGCCACUGGCCUUGGAAAUGCAUACCUUCCGCAUUCAUCUUUAUUCCACUUCCUAAGGUUUCACAUGUAUUAAGGUGAGCUACUGCUUCAGUUUUGAGCUCUAGUGUGAGUUAGGCCCUGCUACUGUGUGGAUCUGAGAGAAGAGUUUAAAUUGAAAACGGAUCAGCUUUAAUCCACUUUACAGAGCAGCUGAUGUCAGACCUCAAUGUUUGGACUGAGUACAACACUGUGCAGUUAAAAAAACAUCAAUAGAAGCUUCAGACUUCUCAUUAAUAUUCCCAAUAGAUUUCUUCAUUGUACUUGUCUUCCUUUUAGCUGUGUUUGUUUUGCUCCAUUUUGUCACAUGACAGAAAGGGAACUCACUGGACCUUGUUCUUCACCCGUGUCAGUUUUGAUGCUAGCUAAAUUCACUCUUCCUAACCUAGGACUCGUGCAGACUUUUGCUUGUCUUGCCACUUCCCACGCCUCCCAGUCUUUACCUCUGAAAUGGAGUAAACUUCAUCGGGUUUUCCAGCGAUUGACAAUUCAGUGCUAAAUAGUGAAUUUUCCCAGGGGGAAAAGGCAGGGCAAUCAGAAAACCUCUUAGUGCGUGACUGUACAGGAUUUUACCAUUAUUCUCUGGUGCAGUGCACACUUCCAAGUCCAGAAAAUGUUACCAGUUACAUGAUGUCUUGUGUACCUACCCACUCCCUUUAAUGCUGAACAUUCAUGAUUUCUCGAAAUAUGUUGUGCAGACUACUGCAAGAUGAAAACUGAACGUGGUACAUCAGCCCAUCCAAAAACCGAAGAAGAAAUAGCACAUACUUUUAUUACCUUUUGUCCCUUUCUGCUGGCUAGCGUCAUUGUUGAUAAAGGUUGCUGGAUCUCACACUGCUCUGUUAAGCUCAUAUCUAGGCAAGGAGCUGUCACAUUUCUCCAUUUAGCACCCUGCUGCAGCUGACAAGUCGCCACUAGAAACUGCCUGUUAAAAUCAUAAAAGUGGGGAAAGAGUAUAAGGGCUUAAUAGUAUCCCAGUAUUGUAAUAAUAUCUUGGAGGGUAAGUCUGAGUAUAUAUGAUAUAUAAAAUAUAUUUGGUGAUACAUUACCAAAGGAUAUUUUAAAGUAAAAGCUAAAUGUGACUUUCCCCUGGCAAGGUGAUAAAAGUUAAAGAGUUCCGCCAAAAGUAGCAAGGAUUCAGAACAGUUAUUACAUCUCUUAUGCUGACAUUUUAUUGAUGUAAAAUAAAAUAAAAAGUUAUUUGCUACAGCUGAGGUCAGCAUUUCCAAGGUCCGUAUGCACUAUCAUGGAAUUGAAUGCCGUGGUAGAGGAAUUAUCAAUUUAAAAUGUCAGUGCAAAUGCAUUUUGUUGUUCAUUCUAUCUGCAACUACAAUAUAGAAAGUAGGUCUCAUUCUUAUGCACCAGUUUUAUCAUUGUUUCUAUAUUGACAAUAUAUCCUCAGCUAUGCUCAAGCAUCUGUCAUUAGCUGCUGUGCAAUAAUAUAAUUAAUUAAAAGUUACUAGAGAAAUUCUGGAAAGAAUGGAUUAAAGAGAUGAGAAAGUCAGUAGCUAAAAUGGAAGGGGAGUAUCUAUGCAUUUUAAGGUGGCCCUUUCAUUUACUAUUAUUUUGCAUUUUGGAAAUAUCACUUAGUUAACGAGAGCAAACACCUAUGAAUGAGUAAAAUAUUUGUGAAGCGGAUGUUUAUAACCAAAUCACAGAAAGGCUGCUGAGAAUUAGGUGUCUUUUGCUAGAUCUCUAAGUUCUUCUGAAAACAGUCUUGUGUAAAAAGUACCACAUCUGAUUUUAAGUGGUUAGACGAUGAGGGGAUUGGUAAUACUUACAUGCGCCCAAGUAAAAAUGGGUUACCUAUGUAUCACCACCUUUGCUUAAAAAAUACCUGGAAUGUGCUGUACAUUAACAACAGUCCUCUGAAAUGUAGUAGCUUCUCUCUGUUCUGUUCUUAAAGCUCUGUUCUCUGAAGCACAUGAGGUCAUAGAUUUCCAAAAUGGGAACAGUACAAAAGAAUCUGUUUUAAAACAGUUUUCCCCCAGUUGUUGUGGUUGCUAAGGAGCCCACAGCCAUUGAAAUCUAAAAAAGAGAAAAGCCACCAGUGAUCAGCUGAUUCAAGUGGAUUAGAAUUUAGGCACAAUUUUUUGAAGUAGCUUAAGUUCAAUGAAAAACUGGUGGUAAGGCCUUUUAGACUUUAAAAAAAAUCUCGGCAAUACAACCCUAAGACAAUACAGCGGAACCUCGGGUUUCGAAAGUCUCUGUUGACGAACAUUUCAGAACACUCAAAACCCGGAAGUAAGUGCUUCCGUACGAGCUAGGAAGUCGAACUUCCAAGGCGGCUUCCAUUUUGAGGUUCCCCAUUGUAUUGAGUCUUUUGCAUUGAGUUUUCGGUUUUCAAACAUUUCGGAAGUCGAACGGUCUUCCGUAACGGAUUAUGUUCAAAAACUGAGGUUCCACUGUAUACAGAGUGGCUUAAGACAGGGAUGGGGAUCUUGCAACCAUCCAGGAGUCAUGGAACUUCAAAUCCAAUCAUCGCUGACCACUGGCCAGUGACAGUCAUGCAGAUGCUGGAGGAAGUGUGUAAGAACAGAGGGCACAAACAGAGGGCAACAAAACAUUCUGAUCAGCAUAAAGCUUCCCGUUAGUUCAUAUAUACAUGAACUUUGGUCUCUUGUUAAUUGUUUGGUCUCCCGUUACUUGUUUACAGUUAAAUGUAUUAUGUUAAAACAGUUUAUUUUGGAUGACAGGAACAUUCCAUCUGGGUUAUUAAUCGGCAAUGGCUCAUUUGCACUUCUGCAGCAAUGCUGCAUCUAUGACAGAGAAACAUGAGGAAAUAAAUCAAACGCUUAGACAACA